AUGCGAACCGUGGGCAGCAGCAGAUGCUCCUUCCGGGCGGCGGCGUUCCUGGCGCUGUUCGCGUUCCAGGGGCUAGGCUGGUGGGCCGGCCAGGCGUACGGCGGACUCGGGGGCUCCUCCGGUGGCAAUGGAACCGAACAGAUGGGCCCGGAGCAAAGGAGUAAAGCGGAGAGCUUCGGGAAGGCGUUUGAGGACUACGUGGUCCUGGGCCAGGACCCCGUGGCCAUUGCGCUGCGGCGGCUCAGCAUCACCGCCAUUGACGCGUUUGAGACUGCCGUACAGAACCAGAUUGCAAGGUCCUUCUACAAUGCCCUCAACGACAUCCUCUUCACGUACGCCAACGACGAGCGUAACCGCUUCACCAUCACACCUUCCUUCUCAUUCGAGGCGUCUCUGGGCACGAGCGGCAACCUGCAAGCCGCCAUGGAUCGAGUACUAAGCCUGGCACAAGCGCUGGGAAACCGGGAGAACGCGGCCGCCCUACUUCGGUCCGCCACCACCGCCCGGGACCAGGUCAUCGCGGCCCUGAGGCGGCCCCAUGCAGACGGCAGCAGCAACGUCGGUGGGCUGUUCAUGCAGCAAUCUUGGCAAGACGAAGACAUGGAUGGCGACGGGGAGCCGCAGGGGCUUGGGGUCGCUGCCCGACUGGCGAGGAUGCAAGGCCUUGCAAGUGGCGCCGCCAAUGCCAACUUCUUCAGUGCCGCAUCGGGAUGA